AUGUCACCAUCACGAGCAGGCGACAUCGAGGACGAUGACCCGGUCAUUGCAGAAUACAACGUCUUCAUCACACCACGCCAACUCGAACAAAUCUACCUUCUUCAAUAUCCCAAUCGCAAUCGCAGUCAAGCCUACAACGAGCGCAAUGGCGCACGCCCCGUAGACUUCCGUCUCAAACCUCAAGCCGGAUUUAUGGAAAUGGACAUCGGCAUGAACCCCAGCGCAAACUUCAACAAAUAUCAAAGUCUGGUCUGGGGUGAGGCAAUAAGAAAAUCCAAGGCUAAUGGCGGAAGCGCUACUUUUGGUGCUGCGGCAGGAUUUGCGCCGACGAAGGGAGGCAAGGGAAGGGGUAAGCAGGAGAAUGGUGAGAUGAGUAUUGAUGCAGGCUUGUCGCAUUUCCAGAACGCUAUCAAUAGGGAUGCAGUCUUCCAGAAACAGACGCUAGGAGGGCAGAUUUUGCAGGAUGAAGCAGGUAACCCUAACUAUAUGUUGGGUGCCUUCCGUGGUGAUGAGCUCCAUCUCACGCGCGUCGAUGGUGUGGUGCAGAUGCGCCCUCAAUUCCACCACGUCGACGCAAUCACACACGCCGAGACAGCCGCUCGCCGCACCGAAGCAGCAGAAGGCUCAGGAACCGGACCCUCUGGAGCAGCCGCACAAGCAAAACAACCACAAGCUCUCGCACUAGCUCAAACCUACAAAGACAAUCGCGACGUCGAAAACCUAGAAGCCCUCAGAGCCAAGAACCUUCUCUUGAUAGCGGCAGAGGAGAAAUGGACGAGGUUGGAGUACUUUGAUGAAGAUGAGGAAGCUUCGUACUCUACUUACCACAGCCGACUUUUCCAUUCUGAUACUGGUGCGGCUACACCGUUGAAGAGUCAGAUGAAGAAUGAAGAGUAUCUGGACGCGAUUUCGGCACCACGAGUUGAUCCAUCAGGGAGAAAGAAGAAGAGACCAUUGACUAAGAAGCAGAUGGAAAGAAUUGAAGCUGCAGAGGAUGAUGUGGAGGUCGCUGGCGAGAUGGGUGGAGAGGUUGAUGUUGAGAUGAGCUAG